AUGGGAGAUGCUGCAAAACCUCGCUUUGCUAAACAAAAUAAGGAACAGGAAACUUUACAUCAAGAAGAAUUAAAAGGAAGUCCCUUAAAGAAAGACUGCCGAGACAUGGAUGAAUAUGGAAAUGACCAUAGCAAUAAAAUAGGCACCAGCCUGCAAAAGAAAAAGGGAACAUCAGGUCAUUAUGGAAGCAGUCCCAGGCGAGGGCCACGUAGUGCUUUGAGUAGCCCACAUUCACUUAAAAACACAACUUACAGUCAAGGGUCAAAGUUAAGUGAUACCCAAAGAGACCAAAUUAAGAAGUGGAUAUCUGAUGACCACCGUGGUACUUCUGAGAGCUGGAGAGGGUACAGAUCUGUUGCCUGGCACAGCAGGACAAGAAGGGACUCUUUUCCUGAGGCUGAAGGUGCUGGAAACAGGAUUUUAAGACAACUUCGGGAAGACUUUAAGAGUGAAAAUGUGCCAGACAUGCAGAAAGGAAGCUCUGAAAUGAAGAAGCUUAGGAAACCAGGAAGAUCGAGAAGAACUAGAAAAGAUGAGUAUGAUCAAGAUGAAGUGGAUGGUCCAGUCAUAGAUGAAUCUGUGCUGUCGGCAAAAGAACUUCUAGGGUUGCAGCAAGCUGAAGAAAGAUUGAAGCGAGACUGCAUUUAUAGACUGAAGAAGCAACCUCGAAGCUACCCGUCAGCAAAAUAUACCUGCAAAUUGUGUGAUGUUUUGAUUGAGUCAGUGGCUUUUGCUCAUAAACAUAUUAAAGAGAAAAGACACAAGAAAAACCUAAAGGAAAAGCAAGAAGAACAACUGCUGACCGCUCUGCCUCCUCCAACACCUUCCCAGAUACAAGCUAUUGGUGUUGCUAUUGAAAAUGUAGUGCAGGAGUUUGGCUUAAAUAAUGAAGAUCUAGAAGGAAGACUCAACAUUAAAGCAGUGAUGGAAAACUUACUGCGUGAAAAAUUGCCAGACUGCUCAUUAAGAUUGUAUGGUUCCUCCUGUAGCAGAUUUGGUUUCAAAACUUCAGACAUAAAUAUAGAUAUCCAGUUUCCUGCCAGUAUGACUCAACCAGACGUUCUCUUACUUGUGCAAGAAAGUCUCCAGAACAGUGAAUCUUUUGCGGAAGUUGAUGCAGAUUUCCAUGCUAGAAUACCAGUGGUGGUGUGCAGAGAAAAGCAAAGUGGCCUUAUUUGUAAAGUGAGUGCAGGGAAUGAGAGUGCUUGUCUGACGACAAACCAUUUGGCUACCCUUGGAAAACUGGAACCUACUGUAGUACCUUUAGUGAUUGCCUUCAGGUACUGGGCAAAGCUGUGCUGUGUUGAUCGUCCUGAAGAAGGAGGCUUGUCACCUUAUGUGUUCGCUUUAAUGGUUAUUUUCUUUCUACAACAGAGGAAAGAGCCUUUCCUACCUGUCUAUUUGGGAGCAUGGAUUGGAGGAUUCUCAUUAAAUAAAAUAAAUAAUUUUCAUCUGAAAGAAGUUGAGAAUGAUGCUGUGGUUUGGGAGCAUAACCCCACCAAUGAUUCUGAUUUGCCACAACAAACUUCCCCUAGAAGGGGCAAGGUUCCCUUAGUAUUUGGUUCAGGACAGCAGUGUUCAGCACCUGCUGGUCAGCUCUGGGUAGAACUGCUUCGUUUCUAUGCCUUGGAGUUCAAUAUGGCUGAUUUGGUUAUUAGUAUACGGCUCAAAGAAACAGUGUCUCGUGAAUUAAAGGACUGGCCUAAAAAGCGCAUUGCUGUGGAAGACCCAUAUUCAGUCAAAAGGAAUGUGGCAAGAACUUUGAACAGCCAGCUGGUGUAUGAGUAUAUUCUUCACUGCCUGAGAGCAACUUAUAAGUAUUUUGCCUUGCCAAAAAAAAAAAGUGCAAAAUUGAGCAAAAAAUCUUCUCCAAAUGCCAGUGAGGAGAAAUCCCAAAUGCCAGACCAUGUACAAGAUGCUAUAAAGCGUGAAAACUCUGAGCUACAAGACUUGGAUGGUAGAACGAACACAGCCGUAGUGAAAGAUUGCAUAACGGAGACUACAGGUACACCCCAGACACAUAGAAGUGAUCCUUCAAAACUGUGUGAUGGCUCAGAAAGCUUCACAGAAGAAGAACUGGCUGACGAUAUAAGUCAUUUGGGAAUUGCCCAUGAAGACUCAGACUGCAUAAUUGAGGAAGUUCUUUCUGGAGAUAAUGAGGAUUUUAAACCAAGUUGUGAAGAGACAGAAAGUGGAAAUGAAGAGGAAGAAGAGGAGGAAGAGGAAGAACAUGAACAACUGAAAAGCCGAUGGAAUAAUAUCUUGACUACUGAGCAGGGAAUAGAUGAAGACAGUGAUAGUGGAGAUCUCCCCGUUACAGUGAAUGAGCGCGAUACAGAGACAUGUAGUACUUCAGACUUAGAAGGUUUUCAAAACGCUGCACUUACAGAGAGUGAUGAGUUUGGCUUAGAGUGCAGUGGUAUAAUGGAUGACAGGAUCGACAUUGAUGAGGAGAGCACUGAAGGUACUGAUGAACUAGAUGAAUCCCCAAAAAAAUUCAUACGUUCAGCACAGAGUCAAAUAUCCCAAAUUAUUAACUCAGAUGAUGAGGAGGAAGAAGCAAGUCUUCUAAACAAGAAAUCGUGUAGUGUUAUCAUAAGAGCUGGAGAUCAACUAGAAAACACAUACACUGGAUCUGGAGAUGACGAUGCACUGUCAGAGGAGGAAGAAGAUUUUUGCAUCCCCAAUAAAUACGAGGAAAAACAUUUUGAAGAAAAUGUGGAGGGAGCUCUGAGGAUCAAUUUGAGUGAAGAGGAUCUUACUGAGAAGGGAAGCCUUUCGGGAGAGAACACAGCAAUAGAAGUGUGUUUAGAAUCUGAACUCUUUUAUGAAUUCAGUAAACCAGCCUUUACGAAGGGCAAGUCUCCUACAGUAGUAUGUAGUUUGUGCAAACGGGAAGGUCAUUUAAAAAGGGAUUGUCCGGAGGACUUCAAGAAAAUUGAGCUUGACCCGCUGCCGGCACUGACACCCAAAUUUUCAGAUAUUCUAGAUCAAGUUUGUGUCCAAUGUUACUAUGAUUUUGCUCCAAAUAUUGUAGAGGAUCAGGCUCGGGAACAUAUAAGACAAAACUUGGAAAACUUCAUUAGACAGGAUUUUCCAGGAACUAAGCUGAAUUUGUUUGGCUCCUCAAAAAAUGGCUUUGGCUUCAAACAAAGUGACCUUGAUAUCUGUAUGACAAUGGAUGGGCUGGAAACUGCUGAGGGACUCGAUUGCAUCAAAAUCAUUGAAGAUUUAGCAAAAGUUCUCAAGAAACAGUCAG